AUGCUAGAUAGUGUGAAAGCUUUACUUUCCUCUCACGAGGUGGUUGUCACAGUGAUCUUGAACUCUGUUGAUGCUGUUCCUCUACGAAGGGUUGGACUACAGCCCGUCCUCGCCCAAUUAGCAGCACACCCGAAUAUUCGGCUCAUCUGCUCUGCCGACACGUCGGACUUCUCUCUCUGGGACAGUAGCUUGCGGUCAUCGUUCAAUUUUGUGUUCCACGAUUGCACGACGUUUGCACCCUUUACGGCAGAGCUUGAAGUUGUCGACGAUGUGCAUGAGCUCCUAGGCCGAAAGGCUAGGCGCGUUGGUGGAAAGGAAGGCGUGACGUAUGUUCUUCGUAGUCUACCGGAGAACGCCAAGAACUUGUUCCGACUACUUGUUGGGGAAGUUCUGGCGAUUAUGGAUGAUGAGGGUGGACCUGACGGGGAGAACCCCGGCGUGGAAUAUAGGAUGGUGUAUAACAAGGCGGUGGAAGAAUUUAUAUGCAGUUCGGAGAUGGCUUUUCGAACACUGCUGAAAGAAUUCCACGACCACCAGAUGAUUACAAGUCGUAAGGAUGUUCUAGGUACCGAGCUGCUAAGCGUCCCUUUCCAGAAGGAAGAGCUCGAGGCGAUAUUGGAAGACUUAAUGUCAUGA